AAAUGUUGGCUAAGAGCUCUAACAACAGGAAGCAAUGGAUAUCUUUGCUUUUGUGUUGUUGUUGUUGAGUUCGAGUUUGCUUCUUUUCUUCUUUGUAGUGUCGGAUGCUGCUGACCGCAUCGCAAAAUCCGAAUCCCUCACUGAAGGCAUGACCCUAGUCUCUAGAGAUGGAAGCUUUGCCCUGGGGUUCUUUAGUCCUGGUAAUUCCAGCAAUCGUUACUUGGGAAUAUGGUACAACAAUAUCCCAGUUAGAACGGUUGUUUGGGUAGCAAACCGGCUCAAUCCAAUAAACGACUCGUCUGGCAUGUUGAUGGUAAACAGUUCAGGUAGUCUUGUUCUUCUCAGCCAGAAUAGAACAGUUGCUUGGUCGGCAAACUCAAUAAAAAAGGCCUGGAAUCCAAUAGUCCAGCUUUUAGAUUCAGGAAAUCUAGUAUUAAGAGAAGAGAAGGAAGAAAACCCAGAAAAAUAUUUGUGGCAAAGCUUUGACUAUCCUUCUGACACUUUGCUACCAGGAAUGAAGAUUGGAUGGGACUUAAAGACUGGUCUGGAACGGCGCAUAUCUGCAUGGAGGAGUCCAGAUGACCCGUCUCCUGGAGAACUGAGUGGUGGGGUUGAACUUCAUAAUUACCCUGAAAUAUUCUUAAAGAAAGGCACCAAGAAGCUCUCACGGACCGGACCAUGGAAUGGCCUUGGUUUCAGUGGUUUACCAAACAUGAACGAAAAUCCGGUUUCCACCAACGAUUUUGUCAUCAACAGCGAUGAGGUAUACUACAUAUUCCACCUGAUUAAAAAAUCUGUAAUCUCAAGAGGAGUUUUGAAAGAAAAUCCGUUCUCAUUUGAGAACUACAUAUGGGUCGAAGCAGAACAAAAAUGGACCACAUACAGUUCUACACCAAAAGACAAAUGUGACACCUAUAAUUUAUGUGGUCCUUAUGGAAAUUGUAUCAUUGGUAAGUCACCUAUCUGUCAAUGUGUAGAAGGAUUCAAGCAUAAGUUACCAGAUACAUGGAACCCAGAUGAGUGGUCUAAGGGAUGUAUACGCAUUACCCGAUUGAGCUGCGAGGAUAAAGAUAAAAUUGGGUUUGCUAAAUUUGUUGGGCUCAAAAUGCCAGAUACCACGUAUUCCUGGGUGAACGGAAGUAUGAAUCUUAACGAAUGCAGAGUCAAAUGUUUGAACAACUGUUCCUGUACGGCUUAUGCAAACUCAGAUAUUAAAAAUGGAGGAAGUGGCUGCGCCAUGUGGUUUGGGGAUCUAAUUGAUAUUAGACAGCUUGCAGCUAAUGGGCAGGAUGUAUAUAUUCGAAUGCCUGCUUCAGAGCAAGUCAAUCAUAAAGAGGAGAAAGACAAAAAGAUGAAGGUUAUAGUGAUAGUUGUGGUUGCAAUUGCGGUCGUUUUUGGCGUGCUCUUCAUUCCCUACUGCAUUAGCAAAAGGACAAAAGUCAGAGGGAAAUUGGAGAAUAAUGUGAUGGUAGACCAAAACAUUGAAGGCCAAAGUGAAGAUAUGGAGGUCACAUUCUUCACCCUAGCUACCAUAGCCACUGCCACUGACAAUUUUUCAAGUAAUAACAAGCUUGGUGAAGGUGGCUUUGGACUUGUAUACAAGGGUACCCUAGUAGAUGGAAAAGAAAUUGCUGUGAAAAGGCUUUCACGGAGUUCUGGACAAGGAUUGAACGAGUUUAAAAAUGAAGUUAUACUAAUCGCCAAAUUGCAACAUCGAAAUCUUGUUAGGCUUUUGGGCUAUUGCAUUGAAGGAGAUGAGAAAAUCCUAAUCUAUGAAUAUAUGCUCAAUGGAAGCUUGGAUUCCUUCAUUUUUGAUCAAACAAGAGCUACAGUUUUGGGUUGGUCUAUGCGCUUUAACAUUAUCUAUGGGAUUGCGCGAGGGCUUCUCUAUCUUCACGAAGAUUCUAGAUUGAGGAUUAUACAUAGAGACCUCAAAGCAAGCAAUGUUUUACUUGAUAGUAAGAUGAUUCCAAAAAUUGCUGACUUCGGUAUGGCUAGAAUUGUUGGUGGAGAUCAAACUGAAGGAAACACAAAACGAGUGGCUGGAACAUAUGGUUAUAUGGCACCUGAAUACGCAAUUAAUGGUAUAUUUUCAGUAAAAUCUGAUGUUUUUAGUUUUGGAGUAUUGUUGUUGGAGAUAAUAAGUGGAAAGAAAAAUCGAGGUUGGUUCCAUCCAGACCAUAGUCUAAACCUUGUUGAACAUGCAUGGAAAUUAUGGAAAGAAGGUAGGCCUUUAGAACUGAUUGAUACUUUCUUAGAAGACUCUGGCAUCCAAUCGAAGAUUAUACGUUGCCUCCAUAUUAGUUUCUUAUGUUUGCAACAACAUCAUGACAAUCGGCCAAAUAUGUCAUCUGUGGUUAUGCUAUUGCACAGUGAGGGUUCAUUACCUGAACCCAAAGAGCUAGGUUUCUUUGUAGGAAAAAAAUCACCUUCAUCAAGCAAGAACCAGUCACCCUCAGUCAAUGAAAUUACUAUUACCAUGUUAGAGGCUCGAUAGUCAAGCAUCAUAUCAAUUGCAUUGUAUAACAUAUCUUAUGAUUGAUAUUUUUCAUCUAUACAUUUUGUAAAUUAUACACACUUGUAUUCUCCAUGUAUGUGAUAUUAGUCUUAUUUGAA